AUGCACGGCUUGGCCAUCUGUCGCGCAUUCGCCGGUGAUACCGAGUAUGCGCACGCGUUUGCGCAACGGAGUGCAAGUCUUACCCUGACAGCGCAGCGGCAGAUUACGCUCGGCAAUAUUUUCCUCGCUCAAGGCAAGCUCGCAAAGGCGAGCACGGUGUACGCGAUGGCAAUUCGUCGCGAUCCGGUGAGCGCGGUCGCGCACUUCAACAUCGGCAACGCGCACUUCUUGGCGGGCGAUGCGGCGAGCGCGCGCGUGAGCUAUCUCGCCGCGCUCGAUCGUGAACCGAAUUACUUCAAGGCUUUGUACAAUCUCGCAAUCGUCAUCGACUCCAUUGGUUCUGUGGGUGAGGCAAAAGAAUGGAUGAAACGCGCCGUCGACUGCCGUCCGAAUGAUUCACGCGCGACGUACGCCCUCGCGCUGUUGUACGUUAAGCUUGGACAAUGGAAGAAAGCCGAAUAUCACUUUGAACAGACGUUGAACCUCGACGCCAAGCACGCUCCGUCGCAAGUUAAGCUCGGGAACUUGGCCUUCAGGCGAGGCGACUUCCAGCGCUCCGGGGCGAAUUACCUUAAUGCGUUGGAAGUUGAUCCGGGCAACGUCGAGGCGUUGACGAACUUGGCCAUG